AUGGCACCCAAACCCGCUUCGACUGCUGGCAAGGCCCCCACCGCCUCCAAGGCGCCUGCAAAGACUGUCUCUGACAAGCCGGCGGCUAAGACUGCGAAGAAAACCGCAGCUGGCGAUGGUGACAAGAAGAAGAAGCGCAAGGUCCGCAAGGAGACUUACUCGUCUUACAUCUACAAGGUCCUGAAGCAGGUCCACCCCGAUACUGGUAUUUCCAACAAGGCGAUGGCUAUCCUCAACUCAUUCGUCAAUGACAUCUUCGAGCGUAUUGCUGGCGAGGCAUCCAAACUCGCGUCGUACUCCAAAAAGUCGACAAUCUCGUCACGAGAAAUCCAAACUUCUGUUCGCCUUAUCUUGCCAGGUGAACUCGCGAAGCACGCUAUUUCCGAGGGGACCAAGUCGGUGACCAAGGUAUGCUUAUGCAUCAUUUGUCACUGGAAUUGA